AUGGCUAUGAUCAUACAGUCACACUCGUAAUAAUUUGCUACAUACUGUUAAACUUAGCUAUGGAUCUGAUGUUCUCUCUGCAAUGUCUCUUAGUUUUCUUCUCCAUCUAUGUCUACCUUCAUUUUUACACUACUCGACCAAAGAAAUCCACACCCGCCCGCUUCAAAGUUUACCCGAUUCUCGGAGCCCUACCGGAAUUUCUCAAGAACCGGCACCGCUUCCUCGACUGGACCACCGAAAUCCUCCGCAACUAUCCCACCAACACCGUCGUCUACUUCCGCCCGGGAAAGAUUCACGGCAUCAUCACGGCCAACCCUUCCAACGUAGAGCACAUGCUCAAGACCAACUUCGAGAACUACCCGAAAGGCGACAGGUUCAUCUUUUUCCUCCAAGACUUCCUCGGCGGUGGAAUCUUCAACGCCGACGGCGAGCUCUGGAAGCUCCAGAGAAAGACGGCCAGUUACGCCUUCAGCGCCAAAUCACUCAGGAACUUCGUCAUGGAUAACGUCAGCUUCGAGAUUCAGACCAGGUUAGUUCCACUUUUGGCGCGAGCCUCCGAAACGGGAUGUCGUUUGGACCUCCAAGACGUCUUGGAGCGGUUUGCCUUCGACAAUAUUUGCAAGAUGGCAUUCAACGUCGACCCUGCUUGUCUCGGCGGCGAUGGGAAAUCCGCUGCCGAGUUUAUGCAGGCGUUUGAUGACGCUGCCACGCUUUGCUCCGGAAGGUUCCUCUACGCCUUUCAAUUUAUUCUUCUCUUCAAAAAGUUUUUCAACAUCGGAUCAGAGAGAAAGCUGAAGGAUUCAAUCGCAACCGUUCAUAACUUCGCAGAUGACAUAAUAAGGUCUAGAAUGGAGAACAAUAGCCACGAACAACAUGAAGAUUUGUUAUCCCGGUUCAUCGGAAACGACAACAAUAACUCGCCGGAGUUUCUCCGUGACAUCAUCAUAAGCAUGAUCCUCGCCGGUCGGGACACGACGUCGUCUGCUUUAUCUUGGUUCUUCUGGAUCCUAUCAUCUAGACCAAACGUCCAGCACAACAUUCUGAACGAGCUCGAAACGAUCCGAGCCCAAAACGGCAAAAGCAUCGGCGAUACUUACGGCUUUGAAGAGCUCAGAGACAUGCACUAUUUACAAGCGGCGAUCAUGGAGGCCAUGAGACUCUACCCUCCUGUACCGGUGGACACGAAGGCCUGCCUGAACGAUGACGUCAUGCCGGACGGGACAGUGUUGAAGAAAGGGUGGUUUGUGACGUACCAUGCUUACGCGAUGGGGAGGAUGGAGACGAUUUGGGGGAAGGACUGCAAUGAGUAUGUGCCGGAGAGGUGGAUCGGCGAGGACGGUACGUGUCAGCAGGAGAGUGCGUUUAAGUAUCCGGUGUUUCACGCCGGGCCUAGAAUGUGUCUCGGAAAAGACUUGGCAUUUAUUCAGAUGAAGUCUAUUGCAGCCUCUGUGAUCGAGAGGUUUGAGGUCGACGUAGAAGACAAGGGCACCUGUCCGGCGCAUUUGCUGUCCAUGACGCUUCGAAUCAAAGGUGGACUAGCCGUGAGUGUGAGAAAGAGAUGCGUUUGACGUGUUGUUGUUUUCGUUUGUAUGUGUUAGAAGAGAUGCAUAAGGAUCGAUCGACCAUUGAAAAAUAACAGUUUAUUUGUUUGUUUCUGAUCGAAAAGACUUUGUGAAGGGUGUUUUCGAUCUACUCUUACUAUUUAGACCCUAUGUAGUUUAUGUCUCUCUUUUAUUUGAAUGCAAUCAAUCUAAUUAAUCUUCUGAGC